AUGGUUCUGCUGGGUUUUGCUGCAGCUAUACGGUACGCGCCUCCCUUCUGUCUUACUUUGCGUUUCUGAAUUAAUUAAUUUUCUGAAUAAAUAAAGCAGUAGAAAUUUACGCCUUUUGCGAGCGAUCGUGGAACCAUAAUGAAGAAUUAAAUUGAUAUAUGACGCUGAAAAAACAUGGAACACUCGAGAGUGGAGUGCGAGUUACCAACUAAAAUGGCACAUUUAGAUAUAAUGGAAGUGGACGAGCUGAACACAGAUGUUCCUAAAAUUAACACACCUGUUCUUGAAUUAUCACCAAGAGUUUUGCGUAAAAGAAAGUCGUUAAUGCCAGAAAAAAGCAAACCUUCAAACCGCCGAGUGAAUAUGAAACCUCGUAAACACGUUGUCGCCGAAAAUGCGAACCCAAAGCAAAUAGAGGCAUUGUAUCUCAACAAAACUGUUAAAUCUCUUUCUCAAACAUUAGAGACUAUAUAUGAAGAACCCAAAGCUGAAAGCAGUGAUACAGAAGCUGUGAUUGGUGCACGUAAAGUAAAAAGACUGCUCACAUUCCAAUUAGGUAAUCAAUACACUAAAGAGAAAAUAAAGAAAAGGAGAGCUAAAAUAAAGAAAUUACUUGGUAAUAAAUCAUAUUUGAACAGGAAAAAAAUACCCAUGACAGUAUUUUUGAAAACAAUAGAAUGCUUAGAAUUAGAUGAGAUACAAACAGAAUCUGUCUCACCAAGUACAAGUAAUAUAUGAUAAAAUGUGUUUUGUACCUGUGGUAUUUGUAUUAAAUAAUCAAUUAUGACUACAAUACAAUUAAUUUAAAUUGUACAUAACUUUAAUAAUUCAGAACCCACCUUUUAUUAUGUAUAAAGAAACAUAAUUAGAUUAUUUGUAAAAAAAUAAUAAUUAAAUUGCAAGUUCUGAAUCUUAUAAUUUUAAUGUGUAAAAGAAGAGAUUCAUGGUGUUAGUAAAAUUAUUGUUUAAACAUUGCACAAAACAAAUAUUAAACAACAUUAAACAUUGUUUUCAAUAACAAUAUUUAAGAUAUUCACAACAGGCAUUCACAAAGAAAUGCGAAUGAGAAAUGCAGGCAGUGGUUUUGCUGUGCCCCUGCCAUUGCUAAAAUCCAUGAGUGAUGGUGACCACUCACAAUCAGAAGGAUAAGUGUAGCAUUACAUUUUGUACUGGAAAUAUUACUUUGAACAUCACCCCGAUGAUUAUCUAAGAUCUGAUUGAAAAGUAGUAAUAUGUGAAAAACAAUAAUAUAUGAUAAUCACGCAAAUAUAAUGAGACAACAUAUUAUUUCUUCUUUUAUAUUGUAAUAGAGAUAACAAUAAUGAUAAUGAUUUAAGCCCCAACAAGUAUUACCACUACUGCACACUGAAGUACCAAGUGAUUGUCUUGUCAGCCAUCAUGCAAGUUUUGCAGGUAGUGUGCAGGGUGUUCAAAACCUCAAGGUUUCAUUCUACAGUCU